CUUUUCCCGCUUUGGGGUUUCAAUACGGUGAAAGCACUUCCAACAAGUAUGGAAUCAAACAAAUCAUAUGCACUCAGAUUUCUCAGCAACAUAUGCUGCUCUGAUCUUGGUCUUCAGUUCUACAAGGUGUGAUUUGAUGGAGAGCAAGCCCGGUUCAUCCAGACCCGACCGCAAAACGACAGAGAGAAACAGGAGAAAUCAAAUGAAGGCCCUCUUCUCCGAGCUCCACUCCCUUGUCCCUCCACAGAGUCAUGGGAUCUCUCUCUUGUCACUGCCCAAUCAAUUAGGCAGAGCCGCCAAUUACAUAAAGAACUUAGAAGAGAAGGUGGAGAAAUUGAGGGAGCAGAAGGAGAGGUUGUUGGAAAUUGAAAAGAUCAACAUAGACAUGAACAAUGGACCAACAAUCAGGUUCAAGCCGCCAGAGAAUGCAAUUUGGAACACCGGGUCAAUCCUCGAGGUUGUUCUUGUCACUGGAUUGGCUGGCCAGUUCAUGUUCAAUGAGAUUGUUCGUGUGAUUCACGAAGAAGGAGCUCAUAUUGUCAAUGCCAAUUUCUCUGAUGUUGGUGAUGCAAUGCUUCACACCAUUCAUGCCAAGGUUGGAGAUGGCGAAUCUUCAGAUGAGAGAAUCUCUGAAAGGCUGCGGAAGAUUGUCAAUGAUACGCGAAUGGAGUUUCCUCAUUAAUCCAGUGCUGGUUGAAUAUUGCAGAGUCAUCGCACCUUCAGAGGAUUGUCUACUCGUUUCUUAUAAAUAUGUAACUACAUAUUUAAUUCCGAGGAGUUUCAAGAAUGAUUUUAUAAAAGCUCUGGACAAGCUAGCUCUAACUUUUUCAAUGCUUUUCAUUUGUUUUCUGACAUAGUACCAUGUUGUCACUA